AUGGCGGGAACGGGCGCCGGCUACGACCUGUCCGUGAACACCUUCUCCCCAGACGGGCGCGUCUAUCAGGUAGAGUAUGCCCAGAAGGCCGUAGAGAACAGCGGCACGUCUCUGGCCAUCUGCUGCAAGGACGGCGUGCUCUUCGCGGUCGAGAAGUUCAUGCUUUCGAAGAUGCUUGUGCCGGGAACCAUCAAGCGCAUAUUCCCUAUCCACCGCCACGCUGGGAUGUCGAUCGCGGGUUUCCUCGCCGACUCGCGCCAGAUUGUCAGCAGGGCCCGCGAGGAGGCGAACCAGUACAAGAGCGUGUACACAGAUGAGAUCCCGCCGGAGGUGCUGGCCGAGCGCCUAGGGAAUUUCACUCACCUCUUCACGCUGUACUGGAGCGCCCGCCCGUUCGGCUGCACCGUGCUGUUCGGCGCCGUGGAUCCGGAGACCAAGGUCCCGUCGCUCUUCCAGAUCGACCCUGCAGGGCUGGUCUACAAGUUCAAGGGCACCGCCAUCGGCAAGGGCAAGCAGGCCGCCAAGACAGAGAUCGAGAAGCUGAUGGCGAACCCCGACAUCACCUGCGAGGAAGCCCUGGUGCACGUGGCGAAGAUCAUGCACAAGGUGCACGACGAGAAGGACAAGGACUUCGAACUGGAGGCGUCGUGGAUCUGCCCCAAGUCUAACUACCAGUUCGCGGCCGUGCCGAACGACCUGCUGAAGACGGCCGAGGAUAAGGCCAAGGAGAUGAUCGAGGCCGAGGAGAACGAGGACUGA